CUACGGUAGCUUGGGCCCCCGCUCGAGUCGCUUGUGCUUCCAAUAAUCACCCAGUGACCAGUCGAAGUGAAGAGUCUUGUCCGCGUCCGUGUUCUCGGUCCCUGUGCUUGUGCCUGUGCCUGUGCCAAUGUCGUCCCGUCGAUUGCCGUUAAUUGUUGUUGUUGAGCUCGCGUUUUAUGUGGCAUUAUAAUUUACGAUUUCUCGGUCUUUUCACACAACUUAAUUUGAGAACAAAAAAAGAAAGGAAAGAGUCCAAAAUCGCAGCAAGUUGAAACCUUCAUUAGGGCGCGUGCUGUAUUUCCUGCAAGCGAUGCCAUUCGCAACUUGCUCAUGAGGAUGGAUCCGAAAAAUAUUGCGAAAACGUGUGCCAUGAAGGAGAAAAGCAAAAAUGCGGCACGCACGCGACGUGAGAAGGAAAACACAGAGUUCUGUGAACUGGCCAAGUUGUUACCCCUACCAAGUGCAAUUACAUCACAGCUAGACAAGGCGUCCGUCAUCCGCCUGACCACAUCCUAUUUGAAAAUGCGUCAAGUCUUUCCCGAUGGUCUCGGUGAAGCUUGGGGCUCCUCGCCUGCCAUGCAACGCGGCGUCACCAUCAAAGAGCUGGGCUCUCAUCUGCUGCAGACCUUGGACGGUUUCAUAUUUGUGGUGGCACCCGAUGGCAAAAUCAUGUACAUCUCUGAGACGGCAUCGGUGCAUCUGGGGCUGAGUCAGGUCGAGCUGACAGGCAACUCCAUAUUCGAGUAUAUACACAGCUACGAUCAGGACGAGAUGAAUGCCAUACUGUCUCUGCAUCCGCACAUGCAUCAGCAUCCAGCUGCCUUUCUCAACUCCCUACAGCUCGCACAGACGCACACACCCAUCGGCAGUCCCAAUGGCGUGCAGCAUCCGGCCGCAGCUGCCUAUGGUCACGAUCGUGGCUGCCACACCAUUGAAAUCGAGAAGACCUUCUUCCUGCGCAUGAAGUGUGUGCUCGCCAAGCGAAAUGCGGGCCUCACCACAUCGGGCUUUAAGGUGAUACAUUGUUCCGGUUAUUUGAAGGCGCGCAUCUAUCCCGACUCUGGAGAUGGUCAGGGUAGUCUUAUACAGAACCUCGGUCUUGUGGCCGUUGGACAUUCGCUGCCUUCGUCUGCCAUCACGGAAAUCAAGCUGCACCAGAACAUGUUCAUGUUUCGCGCCAAGUUGGACAUGAAGUUGAUAUUCUUCGAUGCGCGGGUCUCGCAACUAACCGGCUACGAGCCGCAGGACCUCAUCGAGAAGACGCUUUAUCAGUACAUCCAUGCCGCGGAUAUAAUGGCCAUGCGCUGCUCGCAUCAAAUCUUGCUGUACAAAGGACAAGUUACCACCAAAUAUUAUCGCUUCCUGACCAAGGGCGGCGGCUGGGUCUGGGUGCAAUCCUACGCCACGCUGGUGCACAAUUCACGCUCCUCGCGCGAGGUGUUCAUCGUGAGCGUCAACUACGUGCUGAGCGAACGAGAGGUCAAAGACUUAGUGCUGAACGAGAUCCAGACGGGCGUGGUGAAGCGCGAGCCUAUCUCGCCAGCAGCCCAGGCCGCCCAAGCGGCUGCCAUAGCAGCAGCAGCCGCUGCCGCCGCCGCCGCCGCCGCUGCUGCCACGUCCAGUGCAACAUGCACCGGCGCACAAGUGUCCGCCGCGCCCAGCACGCCCGGCAGCAUGGCGCUCAGCGCCAGUCCCAAGCUGGAUCCGUAUUUCGAGUCGGAGAUGCCAGUGCCCGUGUCGGUGUCGGUGCCGGUGCCGCCAGCUCCGAAUGCCGUCACUCCGGUGCUCAGUCAGGGCAACAGUGGCAACAACAAUGGUGCCUGGCAUCAGCAACAGCAACAACAACAGCAGCAGCAACAUGCGCAUCAGCAGCAACAGCUGCAGCAUGGAGGCAGCUUGGAGCACGACGGUCUCAGCUACACACAGCUUUAUCCGCCUCUCAACGAUCUCGUGGUUAGUUCGAGUAGCAGUGCUGGGGGCACGGCCUCUAGUGCGGGCGGCGGCUCAAGCGCCUCCGCCUCCUCGUCGGGCGUCUACUCCACGGAGAUGCAAUAUCCGGACACCACAACGGGCACCCUGUACUAUAACAACAACAACCACUACUACUAUGACUAUGACGCGACUGUGGAUGUGGCCACGUCCAUGAUACGCCCCUUCUCAGCCAACUCGAAUAGCUGUUCGAGCAGCUCGGAGAGCGAGCGACAACUGUCGACGGGCAAUGCAUCGAUUGUGAACGGCACCUCGCCAUCCCAGACGACGUACAGUGAUCUGAGUCACAACUUUGAGUUGAGUUACUUCUCGGACAACAGCUCACAGCAUCAGCAGCAGCAGCAGCAACAGCAGCAACAACACAUGCUGGACCAGCAACACUUACAGCAGCAGCAACAGCAACAACGCAUGCAACCGCUGACGCCGCAGCAGCAGCAACAAUACCAGACGCAGCAACAGUAUAGCAUGCAACAGCAGCAUCAGCAGCAGCAGCAGCAACAGCAUCAGCAACAGCGCGUGGUCAGCGACUUUGCUGAGACCUUCAAGAGUGUGAACGCCGCUCCCACGCCCCACUACACCAGCGUCAUUGUGGAGCCGCAACACUAUAUACCCAACGAUUUUGUGCAUUAGCAGCAGCAGCAGCAGCAGUCGCGGAGAUGGUGUUGUUGCUGCCGCUGUCGUGUUGUUUCUAAAACACUCGCCAGAUGGCCCACAAGUUGUUGCAAUGUUAUCGAUUUAUCGAUGCUUUAUGCUUUUCUCUCGCUCUCCGAGUUCUCUUUUGUAAUACGUGGCUGAGCCACCCAACGGAAAAAUGAAAAUGUUCGUUUCAGUCUCUCCCGUGCCCGAUAUUUGUUGGCACACACCUAUUUAUUUACUAUUGUGCGAGUAUUUUAUUUAUGUUUUUAAACAAAUUGAAAAAUUCAUUGUUGAACACGCUAGCAAGAAAGCAAACAAACAAACAAACAAACCAACUCUUUGAUGGAUUUUAGUUAUAAGCGAUAGUUGUACAAUGCGCCUGCAUAGGCAUUGUAUUUGUUCAUAUAUACAUACAUACAUACAUAAAUAACAAUGUGCACAAAUAUUUACUAUAUACAUAUACAUAGAUACAUAGGUUCUUUAUGUACGCGCGUAUUUACUUGCAUAUGAACUAUAAAUACAAAUACAUAUACAUUUACAAACGAGUACUACGAGUAUAUGCAGCAAUGUGUAAAUAAUGUAGAACGGCUGGCAGUGUCGCCGACGACAACCUCUCUAUAUAUACGAAUAUUGAUCUUCAUAAGUCAAAUAAAAGCAGUAAUUGUACAUGUAAAAUUAAUGAUAAUUGUAUGAGUAAUUUUUCUAAUUUGUAUA